AUGUCAUCGUACUAUCGUGGCGGCAGCAGCCGUGGCCGUGGACACUACCGAGGUGGUGGCGAAGGCGGUUCUCGUCGCGGUCGUGGAAGCUACGCGGAUGCCGUGUCCGACGGCACCAUGAACCGGAACGAGGAGCAGCAGCGAGGUGAACGAUACCGGUCCCAAUCCUCUGGCGACGACGACAGCGAGAGGGGAAACGGGGGCUUUGGAGGCAAUCCGCAGUGCCAUGCGGCUCCACCCCUUCCCCUCGUCGCCCUCGAGUCUUUUCUUCGAGAUGUGGAUGGCAGCAACUACAGUCAACUGAAGCAGCUCACCGGUCGCACGUACAGCCUCACGCGACAGAUGAGUCCAGACCCUGCGUCGGUGUCGAUCCGAUUUGUACGCAUCCAACCAGACCCGUUUGCCCCUGGUAGUCAGGUCUGCGUGAGUGUUCCAGCCCCGUUUGCCGCGCACGCCCUGCUGCACUCGGCGCACUCCACACCGCCCGCGGUUACUGCCGCGGCCCUCGACAAUCCUCUCACACCGGAGGAUGUUGCGUGUCGCCGCGUCGCCGCCGAGGACUUCAUUCUUCGCUGCGUAAAAGGUGGGUUCGCAGCUGGCCGGAACAUCAGUGGUGCGGUGCAGACAAUCCACCAAUCGCAGCACGUAAUCGCCCGCAGCACCGUGCAGCUGCUGGACGCGAGCGGGGCAGAUGACAGCGAUGGGACGUCGGAUGGUUGGGUCCAUGUGUACUUCCGUGUGAAGCUGCCCGGCCACGGUCGGCGCAUCGACGGUCGACGCAUUCAACAAAUUCUUUUUUCAGAGGUGCUUCCAGUCUUCCAGGAGAACGUGCUGCGCUGCGACCACCGUGCACUGUGGGCACACGUCACGUGCGUGCAUGACCAGGAGUGGCUGCGCGCGCAGUUGCGAAAGUGGGGAUUCGCGGCCUUCAUUGCCGAUGGUGCCAUACUGCCACGUGCGGCGGGCAACUCCGACAAGCCGCUGAGUGGUCCCAGCGUUGUCGCCUUCUCGUCCCCGGACACCUUGCGGCACACGUUUCAGCUGCCGUACUCGGGCCGCUCUAUCAGCGGCGCUUGUCUGCCGCACGGUCUCACCCUCAUUGCCGGCGGCGGCUUUCAUGGCAAGUCAACGCUCUUGCGUGCGCUGGAGCUCGGCGUGUACAACCAUGUCCCUGAUGAUGGCCGAACCUUUGUCGUGGUGGACCCAACAGCGGUCAAAAUUCGUGCCGAAGACCGCCGCGCCGUGCAUGGGACGGACAUAUCGCCCUUCAUCACAAACCUCCCUUACCGCGACAACACAAGUGCCUUUGUCACCGCCGACGCGAGUGGGAGCACCAGUCAGGCCGCCAACAUCAUGGAGGCUCUGGAGCUUGGCUCGACAACGUUGUUGCUCGACGAGGACACGUCGGCGACGAACUUCAUGUACCGAGACCCGCUCAUGGAGCAGCUCGUCCCGCGCACGCAGGAGCCGAUCACCUGCUUUGUGCACCGCGUACGCGACCUGAUGUAUCAUCACAACAUCUCCGUAAUAAUGGUUGUGGGAGGGUCGGGGCAGUACUUUCCCAUGGCGGAUGUCGUCCUGUUGUUGAACGCGUACAAGGUGACAGACGCCACGGCGCGAGCGAAGGCAAUUGCAGCGCAGAGCGUCGGAGGCGGCGGUGUUGGGCUUGUGGAGUCGACAGCGCCGCCAGAAACCUCCGCGUUUUGCCUCCCUCCUCGGCGAAGCUUUGUGUACGCCGACACCUUUGGCAGGCUUGGAUGGCAAAGCCAGCAGCAGCAGCACCACCACCACGGCUACGGCGGAAGUGGGCGAGGCAUCAAGAUCAGCGGCUCUGGCAUUGAUCACAUACGCAUGGCCGACGAGGACAUCAACGUGACGCUUUUGGAGCAGCUGGUGGAAGAGGGGCAGCUGAACGCCAUCGCCCAGUGCCUCGCGAUGCUCUACGAUAGCGGCAGCGCGACUGCAGCGCAAUGGCAACGGGAGGAGGCACCUCGUUCGAAAUACCCGCCAUCGCUGCUGAACGCCCUGUCUGUCGAUGUCGCCGCAGCUGCCGGUGCACCAGCGUCGAACCUCUCUGACUUCAGUCGCCUCGUGUACAACUGCGAAGGUCGAUUACGCCAAGCGCGGCUGGAACUGCAGACGGCAUCGUGCUACCUGCCAGCCGGAUUCACCGCCUUGCCACGCGUUUUUGAAAUCGGAGCGGCGCUGAACCGCCUGCGCACCCUCGUGACCAGCUGCAAGUGA